GUCCCCUCAUCCCCUUCGUUACUAACCCGGACCUUCGAAGCGAGCGUUAGAAAGGGAUUAAAAACCCUAGACAACUCCAAAAGAAAAUCCCUAGACCAAAACUUGUGUAUUUUUAUUUUUAAUCGUUUCAACAAUUAGAUAUUGUUUUCUGUUCAUUUCGUUUCGGCGUUUUCUUUGUUUCAGAUAUAUCUAUCUGUGUUUUUGUUGUCGUUUUUUUUCAGGAAAAAGAAACGAAAUGAUUGGAAGCUGAGUUUACAGAGAUUAAACGCGUGUUCGUUUUUUUUUUUUUGGGUUUGCGUGUUCUUACUCUAAUGUGUGGGUUUUGUGCUGUGAAAUUAGGGUUUCACAUAUCAUCUCCUUUUCCUUACGGAAGUUUAGGCUUUUGAGUGUUUCCUCGCCGCGAAUCCGACUAUUCCUGUGACUCUUAGUUGAAAAGAUGUCGUCACAGUAUCCCAUUCUUGGCAAUCGGCCAAUUGAUCAGUGGAAGGUUACAGAGCUAAAAGAGGAACUUAAGAGAAGGAAAUUGACAAUCAAGGGGUUGAAGGAUGAUUUGAUCAGACGAUUGGAUGAAGCUAUCCGCAUUGAAAUGGAAAGUGCUGGAAAUGAUGUGGAUAAUGGUCUUAAUAGUGGACCCCAACCUUUAGUUGGUGCAAAAGAUGCAGAGUUGGUGCCUGUUGCUGCAGAAACAGCUAAAUACCUUGCUGAUCAUGGUGGCAAAAAGAACAAGGAGCCAGAUAAGGUUGUGGUUCAAGUUGACAUUAAUGACAGUGUGGCAGCCUUGGAUCAAGAGAAAGUCGAGGAAGCUGGCUUCAGUGGUACUGAUUCUGGCAGGGUGGAAGAGAAGCUGGUUGUUCAUACAACUGCCAUUGAAACCAGCACUAAAGUAUCCGAGAUUGUGGUAUCUGAGGUAGCAUUGAGUGGGCAGGAUUUGGAGAAAUUUGAAACUGAAAAGGAGAGUGGAAACUCAAAGAUUCAACUGGAUAAUGAGUAUUCAACGCCCCAGCUUGGGAAUGAGGGUUCAAUGCCCCAGCUUGGGAAUGAGGGUUCAACGCCCCAGCUUGGGAAUGAGGGUUCAACGCCCCAGCAUGGGAAUGAGGGUUCAACGCCCCUGCAUGGGAUUGAGAGUUUAAAGACUCCUGAGAGUGUGAAGCUCGACUGUUCUACCCCGGACAACCAGGUAUCUGAGGUCAGCCCUACUUUUGGGUCUCAAGUAAAAUCUGAUUCUAUUUCUACUGAUUCUGUGUCAAUUAAUGAAAAGAAUGAACUAAAGGAUAAUGUAAUUACUGAUCAUGUCAAAUUAGAACUAGAUAUUGUUAAGCCUGAGAUGGUGGAACCAUCAUUCAGCAAUGUUGUCCCAGUUGAUGGUGAAUCACAUCCGAUGGAUGUUGAAGAGCCACUUGAGAACAAGGCAUCUGAUGCAGAGAAAGAUGACAACAAUGCUACAGAUGCAGACAUAAGCAAGAAAAUUGAUGGUACGGAUGUAGGGUACUCAGAAAAAUUGAAUUUAGACCGAAGUUCUGGUGAUGAUUCCAUGGAAGAGGAUGUGCUGGAGGGUAAGCAAAUUGAUUGGAAGUAUAAUUCUGAAGAAGUCGACAAAAGUGGAGUACCUAUUGUGAAGGAGGAAAGUCAUGCUGCUGUUCUUGGGGAUGCUUUAUCUGGUGAGAAAAGGGAUGUCCAAGUUGAGACUGAGAGUCAUCGAGCUGCAACUGUUGAGAAAAGGAAACUUGAUGAUCAAGCAGCAGCAAAUAAUGAGCCAAUCAAGAGGCAACGUAGGUGGAACUCUGAAGGCCUCAAAGUUCCAGAGCCUCAGAGUACAAAUUCUACGCCUAACACUACUCCCAAGGAUGCUUUCCAGACAACUCCCAAGGACACUUUCCAGACUACUCCCAAGGACAAUUUCCAGUCUACUGGUUUGAAACGUAAUUUCUCUAGAUCAGACUCUACAAAUAGUGAUAAUACACCCAAGGAACGUGUUGUUCCACCAUCACAAAAAGCUCCAUCUAAUUCACUUAGAAUUGAUCGAUUUCUGCGUCCCUUUACCUUGAAAGCAGUGCAAGAACUUCUGGGCAAAACUGGGACUGUUACUAGUUUCUGGAUGGACCACAUCAAGACCCAUUGCUAUGUUACUUACUCAUCAGUAGAAGAAGCCAUAGAGACUAGGAAUGCUGUGUAUAACCUGCAAUGGCCGCCAAAUGGUGGGCGUCUCUUAGUGGCCGAGUUUGUCGAUACUCAGGAAGUGAAAAUGCGGUCGGAGGCUCCUCAAACUCAAGCUGUUCCUGCAAGUUCUGGUCCUACUGUUUCUAGCCCUCCCAUCUCGCAGCCGCAGCUGCAGCCCUCGCCCCGUCAGCAUAAUAGGCAGCAGCUUCCACCCCCACCUCCUCUCCCACCACCACCACCUUUGACAAACUCACCACAGUCACGAGAGCGGGUUCAUCUUCCACCCCCACCUCCGCUUCCAGAGAAAAUUGAUCCUCCUAUUGUCACUCUGGAUGAUCUCUUUCGGAAAACCAAAUCAACGCCUCGGAUCUACUAUUUACCAUUGUCAGAAGAACAAGUUGCAGGAAAACUUGCAUCCCAGGGCAAAAACACCAAGCAGUAGGGGAUCAGGCUAUCUAACUUAUUGCUAGCUGCUCAAUGGAUUUUCUUAUGGGUUGGUCGGUGUGUUAGAUAAUGAUGGUAAGAAAGUAUCAUGUGAUUGCAUCUUUGCAGGUCUGCAGGUGUUGCUUGUCGGAAGGAAAUGUACCGGGCAAGCAGAAGCAUCCAGUUGGUAGAUGGGUUUGGGUUUUUGCGAGAGGAGUGCUUUGAUUUGAGGUUAAGUUAUAUCUAGUUAAGAAUAUCCUUCAAGUUAAGAGCUCUCUUUGAGUGGACAGAUUUACCUUCUAGAGCAUCUCGUUUUGCUGUUGAACUGGAGUUUCUAUUUUGUGAACUUUGAGUUGCUAGAGAGUCUAAUUUCUAUUGGAUAUGUACCCCCUUUAAAAUAUACAGAUGCCGUUUGAAGUUGAGGGAUCUCUAUGUUGAUGGGGUGUCCCAGAUUCUUCGGGCUUUCAAUCCGCUAUCAUUAUUAUUAUUAUU